AUGCCACCCCCAUCAACCCACCAAAUACCCCACUCCCUCCCCCUCACCCUCAUCGUCGCCACAACCCCCAUCCGCGUCGCGUCCUCAACACCCAAUGAAGCAGCACCCACCCGCCUAGGAAUCGGUCUCAAGGGGACCCUCCCCUGGCCACGCAUAAAGACAGACAUGUCCUUCUUUGCCCGGGCAACAUCCCGCGCCCCAACACCGGGUACUACCAAUGCGAUCAUCAUGGGCCGGAAGACAUACGACUCGGUGCCCAAGCACCUGCGUCCAUUGGGGAAGCGGAUUAGUGUCGUUGUUACCCGUGAUACGACUGGUGUUGUGAGGGAGGGUGUGUUGAAGGAACUUGAGGCAAGGAAGGUGAAGAUGGCGGAGACGGCGAGGGCUAAAGCUGCAGCCGAAGCUGAGGCUGGGAAGGAGUCGAGUGGUGCUUCUCCCGAAGAACCUAUCACCGAUGCGUUGGUGACGACUAGUCUGGAUGCUGCGUUGUCGGAAUUAGAUACUGUUUAUGGAUCUUGCGGACGGUUAGGCAAGAUUUAUGUUAUCGGCGGUGCGGAGAUAUACGGUGCUGCGUUGCGGAUGAAGGCUGUCGAGCCGAGGAGGCCUGUGAGGAUUGUUAUGACGAAUGUUGUGAGGAGGGCUGGAGAUGAUGGUGUGGCGAAGGAGUUUGAGUGUGAUACUUUCUUCCCUGUUGAGGGACUUGGGGCUGAGAAUGGAUGGCGGACUGCUAGUGCGGACGAGGUGUCUGAGUGGGUGGGGGAGAGUGUUACGGGGGAGUGGAUUCAGGAUGGGGAGGUUGAGGUGCAGAUGGUUGGGUAUGAGAGAUUGGAGUAG